AUGGAAGGAAUACAUGAUAACGAUAACGAUAAAGAUACAUGGAUCAUUGAAAAAGUUUUGGAAUUUCUAGUCAAACAAAAUCAACUCUGGGAAAAUGAUGACUUGCUAGAUACAAAAAUCAUCGCAUUCAUGGAAAAUAAUAAAUACGAAUCCAAGACUUUGUUUAAAAUGGUCAAUCAACAUCAAGAAAAAGAUAGAUAUUGGAUCUUACUGGCUUAUCUAUACGAACGAGGACUAGGAAUUCAAUCUGAAAAAACGAAAGCAUUCCGAUGGUACCAUAAAGCUGCAAAAAUAGAUGAUCCAAUUGCAAUGCAAAAAAUCGGAAUUUGUUACGAUGAAAGUAUCGGUAUCAACUAUGACCCCAUAAAAGCCAAAUUCUGGUACAAAAAAGCUGCAGAAGCUGGAAUGCUACGAUCACAACUUGAGCUUGCCAAACACUAUAUUUAUGGUAUGGAUAAUAAUAAACGUCUUCAGAUUGAAGGUUUAUAUUGGCUUGAGAAGGUGGCUAAUGCAGGUGUUAUUUGCGGGAUGAAUUUACUUGCCAAUACAUAUUAUUUUAUGAACGAUUAUCAAAAAGCGUUUUAUUGGUAUCAGAAAUCUUAUGACCAUGGUUCGAUUAGAGAGGAUCUGGCAUUCUUCCAUCGAAAAGGAUUCGGAACUUUAAAAGAUACUCAUAAAGCGAUUAAAUUUUUCUUGCAUCCGAGUCAAGUUAACUCUCAAUAUCUUUCGGAUAUUUUCAACGAUAAAUAG